CACUGAAGGGGCCGGACCCGCCGGGGAAGAAAUGGCGAGGACGGAGAACCAGAGCGAGUGUGGCGGGGAACCACGGAGCCCGGAGCCGCAGGGACCGGGCCGAGGGCCGGCCCGAGCGGGCCCGCAGCACGCCGGGGCCCGGGAGCUGGCCACCCUCUACUCGCCAGGCAAAAGAUGUCAAGAAUGGAUCAGUGUCGUCCUCUGCUUCUCUCUCAUGGCCUUCAGUUUCAUUCACCUCCUUGCCAACUUCCAUCUGGGGCAUCUGUGGUACAUUGUGUUGGCCAUUGUGGCAGGAAUCCUCACCGCCGACUUUGCAUCAGGUCUUGUUCACUGGGGGGCCGACACAUGGGGAUCAGUAGAUCUACCCAUCUUUGGAAAGGCCUUUAUACGACCCUUUAGAGAGCACCACAUUGACCCCACAGCCAUCACCCGUCACGACUUCAUCGAGACCAAUGGGGACAACUGCAUGUUGACCAUUGUCCCUCUUGCAAACAUGGCCUUCAACUUCCUCACCCUCUCCCCUGCGGACGUUUACCGUAACUACCCCUGGUACUGCUACUUAUUUGCACUAGCCAUCUUCGUGACCCUCACCAACCAGAUCCACAAGUGGUCGCACACGUACUUCGGACUUCCUGGUUGGGUCGUGUUGCUGCAGGACCUCCACAUCAUCCUCCCACGCAAGCACCACCGCAUCCAUCACGUGUCUCCUCACGAGACGUACUUCUGCAUCACCACAGGUUGGCUGAACUACCCACUGGAGAAGCUGUGUUUCUGGAAGAACCUGGAGGAUCUCAUCCAGGGCGUGACGGGCGAGAAGCCCCGGUCUGACGACAUGAAAUGGACUCAGAAAGUCAAGUAACGCUGCAGGCUCACUGCACCCUACCUCAGAAGAUGCUGGCUCCGUCCAGGCUUCUCAUCCCCUCUUUUGCCUCACUUAAACUGUAAUCCAUAGGAAGGAAAACUAACAAACAGUUUCUGAUGCCAUAGCUUUAAGUCUUGCACAUUUUGUCUGUUAUUCAAGAGGAGGGCUUUGUUGAUUUGAUUUCUAAUUUACUUACUCAUGGAGAUCUUUGUUUAAAAUUGCAAUAUAUCUUUAACUUACUGUUUAUUUGACAUCACUCAUCACUUUUUUUUCGGAGACAUACACAGGUUUUGGUUAGACGUAUAAUUUGAAAUCGCUGUCCAGGGAGAUGGAAGCAUUUUCCUAAUGUCAGAUCCUUCAAACGAUCCCAUGAAAGGAUUACUUGAACGUUGAGCACUCGCCUUUUUCUCCUCCAGAGCCACAACUGUUCAUUUCCAGAGUUGAUGAAUCUUAUAUUUAGCACUUCUUUAUUUCCUCUGGAUCAGUCGUUUCAUCUCCACCUCAUUAAGGGUCUAUUUUGAUUUGAAGUAUUAAACGUGGAUUUAGGCCAUAGUAAGCCGUAGAGCGGGGGGGGAGACAGGAUGCUUUACCAAUGUUGAAAGCUAAAGAACAAUCAGUUGAUUACUGUUACAUCUCUCGACUGUUUUAAAAGGUGAGGUGAUGAUAAGUUUAGGGUUUUUCUCCAGUAUUAACAGAUCCCUUUGUUGAUUCUAGUGACUCGCUAAAAGUCACAAUGCAGAGAGUUAAAUAGUUAAGUAGACCUGAGGCAAUGACAAGCUACAGUAGAAGAGUCAGUGACACUUAACAGCCAAACAAACUAGACACCAGCAUGAUAGACGACAGGUCUGACAGCGCAGAAAAACACCUUUUUACAAAAUAAACAAUAUAGCUGUCAGAUACUUAGCAGAGAUUUUCUUUUAUUGUUUAUAGAUAUCAUUUGCUCAAAACACAGCAGAUGAGACAUUUUUAGGCUUCAUGGGGACGUACAGUAGGAAACGCACGUGUCCUUAGUUAAUGUGGCUGCUAGACAAUUAGAAAACUUCGGGAAAUAUAUAUAUAUAUAUAACGCUAUUGAUGUGCUGAGUCAUUCUGGACCUAUAGUCUUUCCAGAUGAUGGCUGUGUCCAAGGAGAAAAGCAUUUUGGGUAGAGAGACAGUUCUUUGGGAAAGAAGCAUGUGCAGUUAUGUCUAGUUGCCUUAACGCUCUGUAAAUGCAGCUCUUGUGUCUUUUGUUGUUGUUUUAUGUGCAGCACUUCUUCUGCGUCCGUCUGGAGUUUGUGUCUCAGUUAGUCAGACACGGAUCCUGCAAAGUCAUGUGCCAACUGUAUGUAACGUUAACUCCAUUUACACCUGGCAUUAGAAGAACAGCCACACAGGAUCCAUUGAGGACGGAUUGUGAUCUGAUUGGCUAAACCCUCUCUGGAGGUUGUCAGGGACGUAUUGUGACCAUAUUGAACACAAGGCUUCAUGCUAUUAUGUUGUUAGUCCACAUUCAAUGACUUCAGGGGUGGAAUUAAUAAUCUCCCAUGACUGUUCUGAACCAGCGAGGU